UGGGUGAAAUGUUUAUGGGGGCCUGAGCAAAGUGAGGCGGGUACGUGGGGUCUAACCGACCUGAGAACCUGGAAGGCCCAGGCCCUUUGCGAUCGCCGUUUUGCAUCGCUUGGAAAUGUCACUGGCACGGCUUGGAAAAGUGGUUCCCAAAACAAGCAUCUUGUUCCUGUGCGACAUGCAAGAAAAAUUCCGCCCUAACAUCAGCUACUUCCCGCAGAUUGUGUCUGUGGCAGCUCGGAUGCUGAAGGUAAACACUGGAGGGCCCAAUUCUGUCUCCCCACAGGUUGCCAAGGCUCUUGAAAUCCGCACAGUAGUGACUGAGCAAUACCCCAAAGGUCUGGGUCCGACAGUACCGGAGCUGGGGGCUGAAGAAUUCCCCAAAUACACCAAAACAUGCUUCAGCAUGCUUAUUCCAGAGGUGGAAAAGGAGAUGGAAUCUGUUCCCAACUUGAAAUCCGUGCUUCUGUGUGGGAUUGAGACACAGGCUUGCAUCAUGAGUACUGCCUUGGACAUCAUGGAGCGAGGCCUGGACGUUCACAUCGUGGUGGAUGCUUGCUCUUCCCGCAGCCAGGUGGACAGGAUCGUAGCUCUGUCCAGAUUGCGUCAGAGCGGGGCUUUCCUUACCACCAGCGAGGGACUUAUCCUGCAGCUUGUCAGGGAUGCAGCCCACCCCCGCUUCCGAGAGAUCCAGAAGUUGAUUAUGGAUCCUGCCCCUGACAGUGGCCUUCUGCCUCUCCUGAAAGAGCCAACUCCCCUUUUCAGUUAGCCCAGUUGCUCCAAGGAUGAUAAUCCUCUUUUAAAGCACCUUCACCCAUUUCAUCUGAUGUCCCUGUCCUUCUGGAUGGAAAGGAACAGAAUCAAGAUUCUUCAAGUUGACUUUAAAGAGGAAGAUGAUGAAUUAUAAACCUAGCUGAGAAGCUGCAUCAGCCCGGGGGUCUUUCUGUAGUUAUUCAGUGAGAUGGUUGAAAGAAGACACUGGUAAUACUUUGACCUGGUAUUUUUCUAUUAAGAAACAUCAAUACUGCCUCCUUCCUUUUGUCUUCCCACAAGUAUACAGGAAUCUUGGCAAUGUGUACAAAUAUGUAUUCAAUUUGCACAUUUCAUUGUGAUGGUUCUCUUGUGACGGUGUACAAAUAGUAUUUGGAAUUGUUUUACACUUUGGUACAGAUUUAGGAAAAGAGUGGGAGAGUAAACAGAUGCUGGGUUCGCACAUGA